AUGAAGCUCCUCACCCGCCGCCUCCCGCUCCACCUGUUGCCGCCGCCCUUAGCCGGCCCCGGCGCCGGCGACGGAGUCACCACCAGAGCGGCGGCGGCGGCGGACGUGGAGGAGGAGAUGGGCAUCGCUGGCAGCGGCGGCGGUUGA